UCCAUGUCGCUCGUCGCAUCGCUUGAUUGAAUAGUUCAAGGACAGCUCUCCAAUACGAACAACGCCACAACCAUUAAGCGGUCAAUAUCAAAGCUUCCCGCAUAUAAUCGAGCACACUAUCGGACAGCGUUUGCGCCAAGUCAACACGAAAUCAAGCCAUCGUGAACCUUGAAGGACCGAUCUUACCCAAGACGAGGUCAACCAUCAUCUGCGACAUCGAAAAAGGUCACUCCGGAUGAACGAACCUUGAAUCAGUGACGCUUCGAAGUAAAACACAUUUUCUCGCGACUCCCACGUCAUCAUCACAGCUCGGUUAUGCUCUGAAGUGCGGCGCAUCUUACCUUGGAAGAUGGGAGGAGGCAUCAUCGGCUUCAUUCGAAGCAUAUACCAACUAGACACGCUCGACACACGAUUCACAACACCUUCGUCCGUCCCAUACAAACUUGCGGCCGAGGCGAAAAAUGAUCCACACGGAGCACAAGAGGGCGGCUUGAGCAAGGGAAAGAAAGCAGAGAGAUCAAAAUGGAGCACACCCGAGUUCUAUCUAUACUACUUGGUGUUCUUGGUUGCGAUUCCUUACAUGUUUUGGGUUCCUUUUGAAGUGUCCAGGGAAUCCGACCCGAGGUACCCGAAGUUCCAACGCUAUCUGUCAGACGGCUGGAUGUUGGGUCGCAAGGUUGAUGUAUCGGACAUCCAGCUACGAACGAUUAGGGGAAAGAUACCGCAUAUUUUUGGACUACUCGUUGUGCAGCCGCUUUUGCGCCGAGUUUGGAAGCUAUUCAAGCCAACACGACUUGAGCCUGGUGCCUCUGAAACAUCACCCAGAGCUGCCGAGGCACGACUAGAGCAGCGUAUAUCGUUUGAUGCCUUCUUUGGUGCUAUUCUCCUCACAGCCCUCCACGGAACUAGCGGGCUUAAAAUCCUAGGUCUCUUGUGGUUGAAUUACCAAAUUGCAACUAGGCUCCCGAGAAAGGUUGUCCCAUGGGCGACAUGGAUCUUCAACCUCUACAUCUUGGUGACUAUGAAAGUCUACGAUGGUUACAGAUUCAAGACGUUCGUGAACUUGAUUCCCUUUGCGCCAGACAGCCUGCUUGAGCUUGCUUCUUGGAUGGACAGCCAACAAGGACUCCUGAACCGGUGGCACAUUCUCUUCAAUAUCACCAUUCUCCGACUGAUCAGCUUCAACCUCGAUUAUGCCUGGAUGAUGGACAGACAGGGCGGCAGCCCUAUCGAGAAGCAACUAGACCCUGCCAGCCUUUCCGAACGCGACCGUGUCGGCACUCCAGCGCCGAAGAGUAACUACUCCUUCCGCAACUACUUCGCUUACGCCAUCUACGCCCCGUUGUACCUGGCCGGCCCGAUCCUGACCUUCAACGACUACAUCUCGCAGUGCCGAUACCAGUCCGCCAGUAUCGAACUUUCGCGCACCGUCAAGUACGGCAUCCGGUGUCUGCUCGUACUCCUUGCCAUGGAGUUCGUGCUGCACUUCAAUUAUGUCAACGCCAUCUCCAACGCGCGGCCUGACUGGUCCUCGUACACGCCCGCCCAGAUCGCCCUGCUCUCCUUCUUCAAGCUGCACAUCAUCUGGCUGAAGCUGCUGGUUCCCUGGCGCCUCUUCCGCUUCUGGGCCCUGGUGGACGGAAUCGACCCACCCGAGAACAUGCUGCGGUGCGUGAGCGACAACUACAGCACUCUGUCCUUUUGGCGCUCCUGGCACCGCUCCUUCUAUCGAUGGACGCUCCGCUACAUCUACAUCCCGUUAGGUGGGUCCAACUUCAGAACGCUUGUCAGCUCGGCAUACUCGAUUAUCACGUACCUGGCCGUGUUCAUGUUCGUGGCCAUCUGGCACGACGUGGAUUUCCAGCUGCUUGUGUGGAGCUGGCUUAUUGUCGCGUUCUUCCUGCCCGAGAUCGCCGCCGGUUAUUUGUUCCCGCGCAAAAAGUGGGAGGGCAGGCCGACGGCUUACAGGAUGCUGUGCUGCGUGGGCGCGGUCGGAAACGUGUUGAUGAUGAUCAGCGCGAACGUGGUCGGCUUUGGCGGUGGGGUUGAUGCUAUGAAGGCUCUUUGGGAGGGCCUGUUUAGGGGGUUGUCUGGCAUCUCCUUUCUCACGGGCUCAUGCAUUGCCCUGUUCGUUGGCAUUCAGGUCAUGUUUGAGAUCAGGCAGUCGGAGUUGAGGAAGGGCAUUAACUUGAAGUGCUGAGUGGCAUGUGUGGGUAUGCGGUCCAUGAUUGUUUUAUUCCAGGUGAAAAUGUCAUUGUAUGCAGUAUACAACCACGAGUUCAACAGGAUAGACGAGGAUAGAUGUACUUGGGAAGCAAAUACAAGCGGAGUGUCAAGAUGGUUUUUUCUUGGCUCCUGAAAAAGAAUCCUUUGUAUAAAGACAUGCAAGUAUAUUGACGAUGUUCUUUCGUUUGGAGGGGCUGUGUGCCGUAGAGGUAGACCUGACACUGCCAAUGCUAUGCCUGGGGUUGCUACUGUACGUAAGUAGGUAGUUUGCACUCUUGGGAAAGGGGUCUCGAGGACCUAGUCCAGGGUCCCCUGAGGAGGAGGCAGGUGAUAUCCCAUUCCUAUUUACAGCGCGGCAAUAAGCCCUUUCGGGAAGCGGAACAAAUUGG